UGUAUGCCGUAGCAAAUACGGAAAAGGUGUGUUUACUGUACAGCUUCUGUCUAGCUAUUUUGAGUUAGCCAUUUUAACGUGCAAAACAUUAUGAAAUUAACAUGUUAUUCAUAACGUAGCUUGAGUAUUAAACAAUAGGAUUGUGGCGGGGAUGUGGCUAAAUAAUGGGAAACGUUUUCGGGAGAAAGAGUCGACCUUCUCGAGUUACGGAUCAAGACAAAGCUAUUCUGCAACUGAAACAACAGAGAGAUAAACUUAAGCAGUACCAGAAGAGAAUCAACUUACAGCUGGACAAAGAGAGGUUUCUGGCCAAGCAGCUGCUGAAAGAUGGCAAAAAAGAGAAGGCCUUGCUUCUUCUCAAGAAGAAACGCUACCAGGACCAGCUACUAGACAAAACCGAAAACCAGAUUUCAAACCUGGAACGAAUGGUUCAAGAUAUUGAGUUUAUUCAGAUUGAAAUGAAGGUGAUCGAGGGCCUCAAGGUUGGCAAUGACUGCCUGAAGAGUAUGCAUGAGGUCAUGUCUAUAGAGGAUGUAGAGAGGAUCAUGGAUGAGACCCAGGAAGCGAUUGAGUACCAGAAGCAAAUAGACGAGAUGCUGACAGGGUCCCUGUCACAAGAGGAUGAAGAUGCUGUACUAGCUGAGCUGGAGGCUAUUACUCAGGGAGAAGACGUAGCUUUGCCAGAGGUCCCCACUGAGCCACUACCAGAGGUGACAGAAACAGCAGAACCAGAGAGGAAGACUGCAAAAAGCAAGCAGGGCAGAGAGAUGUUGGCUGCCUAGAGACACCACAGCUGAAGGGAGAUGGAUCGUGCUCUCAGUCUCCAUGGAGAAAGGACUGCUGGCAAAUGCUGCUCUGCUGGGCUUCCGUUACCUUGGCUCAUCCUGAUGGGGUAGAAGAGAGGCCGAGGACAGUUAACAUCACUGCACUCACUACAUCUCAGUAGAUUGGAAACAGAGUAUACUGUAGAUGCCUUUUGUCUACUGCUUCCCUCUCUAGUCAACUUUUUUUUUAAAUAAGGAACAAAAAUGUAAAGGGAAAACGAUUCAGUUUUCUCUGUUCUUAACCUGGAUUUGCCAUUCAAGUCCGACUAGUUACUGUACUCAUUAGGACAAAACGAAACGGUGGAAGUGUACUUUUUAGAAAGUCAUUUUACAUAUUAAAGUCAAGUGUGGCUAACAGUUUUGUAUUUGGGUUGUUGAUUGUAUUUAGUUGAAUCAUUCCCAGUAAAUAUGUAUCUUAUAUUAAGUAUUAAUUAAGGGUUACUAAGUAUUACUAUUAUGACCCAGUGUAUUUAGAGCAUUCGAUUUUUGCAUCUUUGUUCAUUACAUUGUAUAGUAUUUUAAGCGGUGGAAUUUUACAACUUUAUCGUGUGAAGCUCCGUGACCGAAAGAUGGCGCCAUGCGCCAGUCUAUGUGCUCUUUAAACGGUUUGCAAAAUAAAUAAAGGUGUCUUGAUUGUGGUGACCCUAGAUGACCAGGAGGGGUUAAUGUCCCUCUAAUCA